CAGGAACAUCAGAACACAUUGAAAACCCUAGAUCCCCAUUCCAUUAUAAAAGCCUUCGCCUUUACCCUUCUACAGCUGUCAUCGUUCUCAGUUUCUCGUCUCCACUCUUGCUUUCAAAACUCUCAGAUCGUCAUGGGAAAGAUCAGGAUCGGUAUCAAUGGAUUCGGAAGGAUCGGGCGUUUGGUGGCGAGAGUAGCGCUCCAGAGUGAUGAUAUUGAGCUUGUUGCCGUCAACGACCCCUUCAUCACCACCGAUUACAUGACUUAUAUGUUCAAGUAUGAUAGUGUUCAUGGCCAAUGGAAGAAUCACGAAAUCAAAGUUAAGGACUCGAAGACCCUUUUAUUUGAUGAGAAGGCAGUCACAGUUUAUGGUAUUAGAAACCCCGAGGAGAUCCCAUGGGGUGAGGCUGGUGCUGAGUAUGUUGUUGAGUCAACUGGUGUAUUCACUGACAAGGACAAGGCUGCAGCUCAUUUGAAGGGUGGCGCCAAGAAGGUCAUCAUCUCUGCUCCUAGCAAGGAUGCUCCAAUGUUUGUGAUUGGUGUCAAUGAGCAUGAGUACAAAUCAGAUAUUGACAUUGUUUCGAAUGCUAGCUGCACCACCAACUGCCUUGCUCCUCUUGCAAAGGUUAUCCAUGACCACUUUGGCAUCGUGGAGGGUUUGAUGACCACAGUGCACUCAAUUACUGCCACACAAAAGACUGUUGAUGGUCCAUCUGCCAAGGACUGGAGAGGUGGAAGAGCUGCCAGUUUUAACAUCAUCCCCAGCAGCACUGGAGCUGCUAAGGCUGUUGGUAAAGUUCUGCCUGCCUUGAAUGGAAAACUCACUGGGAUGGCUUUCCGUGUUCCAACUGUUGAUGUCUCUGUUGUGGAUCUGACUGCCAGGCUCGAGAAGUCAGCAACUUACGAUGAGGUCAAGGCUGUAAUCAAGCAAGAGUCUGAGGGCAAGUUGAAGGGUAUCUUGGGUUAUACUGAAGAUGAUUUGGUCUCAACAGACUUUGUGGGUGACAGCAGGUCUAGCAUCUUUGAUGCCAAGGCUGGAAUUGCUCUGAAUGAGAAUUUCAUCAAAUUUGUUUCUUGGUAUGACAAUGAGUGGGGAUACAGCAACCGUGUUGUUGACUUGAUCCGCCACAUGUUCAAGUGCCAGUAGGAUGUUUAUCCCUCAAGUCUAGAUCCAGUCUCCAUCAAUGUGGUUUAUGGUCUGUUUGUUCUUAAUAGUUUGUGUAUUUCUCUGAUGGGAAUAAAAGUCCGAUACUCUGUGAUGUUUGGGUCUUUUGUUUUUCUGAAUAUGUUUGUGUUGGUCUGAGGGUUACCCUCAUUUUGUUGAGUUAUGCUCUGAAUCGGCUGAAAUUUGAACUGUAACUUGUGAUAAAAUUGGCUGUGCUUGCUUUUCUUUUC